UCCAAGGCGCGAGGGUUGGGGGCAAGGCUGGCACCGACUCCUCUCUCUCUCCCUCCCUCUCUCUCCGCCUGAGCCUGAUUUGCAGCAUUUGGAGAGCUUUGCGUUUCUUUCCCAAAGGGGGAUCGCCCUUUCCCGCUCCCCAUCGCAACCUCCAAGGGGGCAGGGGAUGCUCUGAGGCUGGGCUGGGCUUCCUUUGGCUUUCGGGACGGAUUGGAUGCCCUCUCGGAGCCUUUCUGCGACCAGAGCGGGACCCAUGGCUUUGCCCUGAACCAGGCGUCGGCGGAGGCUUCUUCUGGGCUUGGGCCAUGGCUGAAGAGCAGCAGCGCCUUCCUCGAGGCGGGGAGGCCUGGGAGAUCGACGUGGAGAGUCUGGAAGACGAGGUCGAGCAGCCGAAGGGACCCCAGUCGGAGGCGGAGGAGGACUUGGAGGAGGAGGAGGAUGUGGACGAACAAGAAGAGGAUGGAGAGGAGGAGGACUACGAAGAGGAGGAGGAUGGCGGGGCUCUGCGUCGCCCCCAGCUCGCUCCGGAGCCGCCGAGGGGCCCCAGCUCCUCCUCCUCCUCCUCCUCUGCCGAGGGCCCCCCACCGGAGGCGCAGCCGCGGAAGCUGAGCCGGACGCCCAAGUGCGCGCGGUGCCGCAACCACGGCGUGGUCUCCUGCCUGAAGGGCCACAAGCGCUUCUGCCGCUGGAGGGACUGCCAGUGCGCCAACUGCCUGCUGGUGGUGGAGAGGCAGCGCGUCAUGGCCGCCCAGGUGGCCCUCCGCAGGCAGCAGGCCACCGAGGAUAAGAAAGGACUUACUGGGAAACAAGUUAACUUUGAACGCAAGACAGUGUACCAAAGGCAUGUCCGGACUCCGAGUUUGCUGGCUAAAAGCAUUUUGGAAGGCUACCGCCCCAUCCCAGCUGAUCCUUACCUUACUGGGAAUUCAUCCUUGCCAGCUCCUGUGAGUGACAGAAUGAGAAAAAGGCGGGCUUUUGCUGACAAGGAGCUGGAGAACAUCAUGCUUGAGAGGGAGUACAAAGAAAGAGAAAUGUUGGAAGCAACACAAGCUGCUGCCUUUUUCCUGCCUAACCGUAUGGUGCAUGGGACAGAAUACAACCCCUACAAAUCUUCCUUUGGUCCAAACCAGGUUGAGACAUCAAAUAAGGAUUUCUGUGGCUUCCUGCCAACUUGCCUAGAUCUGACUAUGCAGUAUUCAGGUUCAGGGAACAUGGAACUCAUUUCAUCGAAUGUAAGUGUGGCCACCACCUACAGGCAAUAUCCUUUGCCCUCACGGUUCCUGGUAUGGCCAAAGUGUGCCCCCAUCAAUGAUGCCCUUCUGUACCAGCAGUGUCUUCUGAAUGCCACCACAGUCCAGUCCCUCAAACCUGGGGCCACUUGGGAUCCUAAGGCUUCACAAGGCCAGGAUUGUCCAAACCCUGAACAUGAUGUGAUGCUCUCGAAGAAUGAGAACUCAUUCUUGCUUCCUCAUGUUCGAGAAUUACAGCCAGCUUCAAAUGAACUUCAACACAUUCCUCGGGAGAGUCGUGAGAGGUCGGCUUUCUCACCCCCUAAAAGGACAUUCUCACAGAUUUCUGACAAGGACAACCUGAUUCCUCAGGAACAUCCCCUCAGCAAGGUCAGCAAAGAAACCACUAAGCAGCAAAGUCCGCCUCUACCUCCUGCAGGACAACCCAAAUAUAGUCCCUUCCAUUCAUUAUUCCAGAAGACACUAUGCAGCAGAUCUGGACCAGAGUUGAAAAUGACAUUUGAUGAGGCAUCCAAGAAAUACAAAGAGAAUACCAUCAAGGAGAACCAGAAAUACAAAUUCACCAUUGAUAGAUAUGCAAAAGACUUCUUGGGGACUAAGCAAGUUGUGACAAAAUUGUCAACAAAUGAACCUUUGUCAUUUUCUGUUGAAUCAAUUCUUAAGCGGCCAACUUCGAUGGUGACCAAUGUUUCUCAAUAAGAUAAGAUAAUCUUCAAAAGACUCAAGGUCCUGAAUUUGCACUUACAAUUGACAUCAUAUUAGGAAGAAAACCCCUGUGUAUUCAGUGGAACUUUAUUUUUGUUUAAACAUGUUUGGGAUUAGGAGGCAAGAGACUUCAUGUUCUGAUCCAAGAUGUAUUUGGAAGAAGUUCCCUUGAUUUUGCUGGGAUUUAUUUUUAAAUAAAGCAGGACAAGAUUUUGACUUGUUCCACUGACAUCAACUUACUCCAGUACAGCUAAUACUAUAUAUUUCAACUACAAAUUCUCCUAAAGAAUUUGAAUUGGCUGUUCAGUUGUUUUCAAUGUAAAUAUUACUGCCAUUUCUUCUGCAAAAUGAAUGUCUGCCAAUUUUGUAUAAAGAAUUUGGGAUGUAAAUGGUGAUUUUAAAGUGUACAUAAAUAUGCAUGUUUUUCGUAUGCAAAUAAAUAUAUUUAAUUGUUUUGCACAUACAA